AUGGAGAAUCUAUAUAGCACUUUUAAAAAGUUGAAGGACAGGAUAUCGCCUAACAAACCUAAGGGCAGCGCGUCGGGAUCUACAAUAGAGAUGGGUAGGAAAAGGAAGAAUCCUAGUAGCGAUGAUAACCCUUUCAACGAUAAAUCGAAGAAGGUCAGAAGACGUAGCGAUGAUUCGGGAAUGGGGUACUUUGUAUCUAAGCAAGAGGUGAUUUCGGAAGAGGGGAAGCUGAUGUCACCGUUUAUCAGAAGAGAGAAUUUAUCAAAGAGUCUUAAGACAGAGAAUAUUUCCAGCAAUAAUGCAAAACAACUGGGAGAAACUAGAGAUUUGAGCGCGGUUAGUGUGAGGCAUGAGAAGUUCGAGAAUCCAAUUGAAAAACGGGUUAGUGGAACUGAGACAACCAGUCAAAGUAAUGGAGAUGAGACCAGCGAACCGGUGGAGGUAAAUACAGAAGAUGAUGAAGAGGAGGAAGAUGAUAAAGUGCCUCUAGAAGUGUUGGAGGAAAUGAACAAAUUGGAAGAAUGUUUUCCAAUUUUGUCGUCAAAUUACCGUUUGAUUGAUAAAAUUGGAGAAGGAACAUUUUCAACAGUCUAUAAGGCAGAAUCCUUGAACGGUACUAUUAAAUUGGGAUCGGAUAUUUGGAAAUCCCCUCCUUUAAAGAGAAAUAGAAGCAAAAUAAAGCCAAUCAAAAGAAAAAAUCCCAUAGUUGCAUUGAAACAAAUAUAUGUAACGUCAUCGCCAAAUAGAAUUUUUAAUGAGCUUAAUUUGCUUUAUAUUUUGACAGGUAAUUCACAUGUCGCUCCAUUAUUGGAUGUUUUAAGAUACCAAGAUCAAGUACUUGCCAUAUUACCCUACUACCAACAUGCCGAUUUCCGCGAUUUUUAUAGAGAUCUUCCUAUCAAAGGCAUAAAGAAGUAUUUAUGGGAGCUUUUUCAAGCAUUAGAUUUUGUACACGACAAGGAAGUCAUUCAUAGAGAUUUAAAGCCAACUAAUUUCCUUUAUGAUCCUUUUAAGGGACGAGGCGUUUUGGUUGAUUUUGGAUUAGCUGAGAAAAUGGAACCAAGUACCGCAUCAAGAAAUUCUAACGUAUGUUCAUGCGUAUCUAAAGAAAAACCUGCUGUUAGCAGAACACACGCCAAAAGAUUAAAUGUUAAGGCUGCUUAUCCAAAGCAGGAUCAACGACCACCAAGGAGAGCAAAUAGAGCAGGUACACGUGGAUUCAGAGCACCAGAAGUUUUAUUCAAAUGUACAAACCAGUCAACCAAGCUUGAUAUAUGGUCAGCAGGUAUAAUUGGAUUCUCCCUUAUUAGUAGAAGGUUUCCAUUGUUUAACUCUCCAGACGAUACUGAUGCGCUAUUUGAACUAGCCAUUAUGUUUGGAAUCGAUAAGCUUCAGAAAUGCGCAGAGCUUCAUGGUUGUGGUUUGGAAAUUUCGUUAGUGAGAAACGUAAACAAGACAUACUCUAACUUGAUUCACGUAUUAUCGGAAUUUUUGAAUUUUGAGAGUAUGCUGGACGCGAUACCGAAGGACAGCGUAAUCUAUGAUACCCUUGCUGUAUUGAGCCAGAAGGGCGACUCAUUUGAGAAACCAGUCUUUCAAAAUGAUGAUACUGAGGAAUCAUUUAUGAAGCGCAUGGAGAAUUAUAAUGAUCAUAAGCAUUUAUUGCAACUACUAUAUGGAUGCUUCCAUAUGGAUCCUAGUAAGAGAUUGUCAUCAAAGGGAAUUCUAAAAUUGCCGUUCUUUAAUGAAUUAAUAAAUAGUCAGGAUGACGAAGUAAUCCUCUGA